CCGAGACAUUUAAUCACUUACAGUUGUGAAUUGUAAUGAAACAAAUGUGCAAGCAUUUCAAAAUGAUUUCUUUCAUUCAAAUAAUUUUAAUUUUUGGUGCUUCGACUUUGAUCUCGGCGGAGAAUAAUUUAAAAAUUGUUGGUGGAACUGAAGCUGAGGAAGGUUCUGCACCAUAUCAGGUUUCCUUGCAAUACCGUAACUUGGGUCACAACUGUGGCGGUGCAAUCAUUCAUGAAAGAUUCAUUUUGACUGCUGCACAUUGUCUCGCAAGAUUAGCACCGAAAGAUUAUAAAGUUAUGGUUGGUUCAAAUGACGUUAAAAAAGGUUCAGUUUUCUAUCAUCCUGACAAGUUUUUCAUUCACAGUCGUCACGACAAGCCAAUGUUCUCUAACGAUAUUGGUCUUAUUCGUCUGUCAAAGCCAAUAAACUUCACUUCGGAAAUUCAACCAAUAACCGUUGCAUGGGAACAACUGCCAGAAAAUUCUACUUUAAGAUUAACAGGUUGGGGUCGGCUUUCAGCUGGAGGAAAAUCGCCAAACCGCCUUCAUAAUAUUGACCUGAAUUAUGUUAAUUACACUGAAUGCAAGAGACUUCACGAUGGAAGUAACGGCAUUGAUAUCGGUCAUGUUUGCACAUUUAAUCAAAAGGGACAAGGAGCUUGUAAUGGCGAUUCUGGAUCACCAUUAACGUAUAAUGAAGAAGUUGUAGCUGUGAUUUCCCGACGCUCAUGCUCGUGUUAGUUUUUAUCACGAUUGGAUCCGUACGACAAUAAAUAAUAAUUUAAGUUCGACUUGAGUUUGUUCUUAGUACAAGAAAAACUUUCAACAAUUUGAAUGAUAAAACAUUUUUGAGAAUUUUCUACGAGCAAGUUAAAAUAAUAAAAAAGUUUUGUGAACUCACCAAGUUGUUUGAUGAUGAGAAUAAAAGAUUUUAUAAGCACCAAAUUGACUUCUUUUGCGAAAACUUUUUCCCACUCAUCGAUGACGUUUUGAAGAAUUUCAGUUGAACUUUUUGUUUUCUCGAUUGUGAUGAACUUAAAAAGUGUUGCGUUGAGUCUGAAGAUUGAAGAGAUGAAGAUUUUCACUUUGUUUUCAUGGAAUUUGUGACAACUUUUUGAUACUGAAAGCACCCACGAACUGAGUGCAAUUCGAAUGAAAUCCCAUCGUUUAACAUCAACUUCAUUAGGAAAAUACGAAAGAACGUCUGACAAGAAGUUGGCAAUCUCGCAUGCUAUUAAAAUACUUUCUUCUCCAUCCAUCGAGAUGUCUUUGUUGUACAAUAAAAAUGGAUCCGAUUUUUGUUUUGAAAGAAUUUCAUUCAUUAAAUUUAAAGCAUUUCCAACGAUUCUUCUGUCAUUCAUUUCAUUAAAGUCGCCGACAUUCAAAUGAUUUCUCAUCAAACUACGAAUUAUUGAAACUUUCACAAUUAAAUUCGAAUGAUUUUCAAACAAGUUUGAAGCAAUUGUCAAAGAUUUCUUAUCAAUUCGCUCUGAGAAUGACUGAAUGAUGUUCAAAUAGUUGUUGGUAAUCUCAUCCUGACUCGACGGCUUUGAUAAAUCAUUAAGGAGAAGUGAAAUUCCACUUUCAACGUUAUAACAUUUCAAGUUUAGAAGAUUCAUCAAAGAUCUCGUCCAAAAGCCACCACGAACAUUUGCCAACUCAAAAAGUUUUUCCUUUACUAUCACUGAGAUGUUUUCCGGUAAAUUCUUCAUUAAAGUUUCAAGCCGUUCUUGCAAAUAAAUUAUCCAAUUCUCAAGUUCACUUUGUAUGUUUCUUCCACGUGUUAAAAUGACAUUUAAAAUCGAUUCACUAUAACAAAUAUCGUGAAACUUUUCAUAAAUGGCAUCGCUCCAUUCCUUUAAUAGAUUCUCAUCCAUAUCGCAGUAAUCCUCAGUCGCUUCUUCUUCCAAAGCUUGAUUUUGAAGCUCAGAAAAUUCAAUUUCAUAUCCCGGCUGUUCAACGUCAUCAUUAUCGUCUUCAACUUUCAUCAUUUGCUUGGAAACUUUCUUAAUAUUACAACUCAACUUCGUGAUAACAUCAAGAUUGAAUAUUUUAUGCUUUAAGAAAGUGUCCAAGGUGUUUGUAAAGUUCAUGGGUGGAGUGUCAAAGAUUGUCGUCGAAAUGAUAUCGCCAUGCAUUAGUUCAAUGCACAAACAAAGAUUUUCCAUGUAAUUCACAUUUUCAUCUUCAUUAUGCUUCAAAAUCUUCUUAAUUAACAUAUCGACAAUCUUUUUCUUCUCAUCUGGCGUUUCUUGUUCUGUUGAACACAUAAUUAACUUUGAUCCAACUUCCGCAACUCUCUCCAUGUCAUUCAUUGAAAUCUUUUCCAUAGAAAGAUUUUCUAGUUUAUUUUGAAUGAUUUUUGUGCAAGAAUUUAAAAGAAAUUCGUCGAGGAUGAGAUCUCUACUUGAUAAUGCAUCUUGCCAUGCUGUUGUCACUUCCCAUAGCGUAUCUUCAGAUAAAUCAUCAGAAACUUCUUUUAUCAUACUGAACUCAUACAAUGCAAGAAAUAUUUUCUCUUGAAGUGAUUUCUUGUCAGAGUCAGCACAAACAACUGGCAAAAUUUGGGCAAGGAAACUUCCACACUGAUCCAUUUGUGAAAUUCUUGCAACAUCAGUUAAUGGCUCACACAUGAUUUCAAUGAUUUUCUCGCAAGUCUCAGAAUCUAUUAAAUUACUUUGACUGUCCUCAGUUUGAAAGAAAUAUUUCUGAAGGAUUAUAAGAUUUUCUUUGUAAAUUCCAUUCGAUGCUUGUCGUGCACAAUGAAUCAUGUGAUCUUUGACUUCCUGCAUUUGCAAGAGUUUUGAAAUGUCGGGUUCGAUGCAUAAAGGAUAACUCAAUGCUCUCAUGAUGAUCCAACUUUGAACUGAUGGAACGCGAAUCCAACGAUUUAAUAAAUCAAUUUUCUCUGAUGGUUUCAAAUAUUUAUAAAGUACGAGAAUGAUUUCAACAAUCGAUUCACAUCUCAACUCUUUCACAAGCAACCAAGCUGAAAAUGUGUCGUAUAAUGAACAGAUGUCAACUUCAUCUGGAUUGUUCCAUUUGGCGAGAUGUCUGAAAAGUUCUUCCGAUUGAUAUUCUUUAAUUAAAAUUUCCAAGUUCUCCACAAAUCCAAUCUCAUGAGUUGAACUGAUUCGUUCAGUGUAAACAUUGCAGAUUUUGUAAACAAGUUUAUUAAGUUCGUCUUCAUAAGCUCGAUUCUUUGAGUUCUCAACGACUUUUGUUGGCGACGAUGACGGAGAAUCUUCAACAACAUCAUCAAAUUUAAUCUUCGUUGUUCGAAUUCUUUGUUGACAACUCUUCAUACUCUUGAUAAGCUCGACAUGACUGUUUGCAAUCUUUUCAAUGUUUGUUGUUGUUUCUAAACUGUUACUGAGCACCUGAUAAAGUUCCGACCAAAAUCGAUUUAAAAGACUCUCAAAGAUCUUCGAUGUUGAUGAAGUUUUUGAGAAAUAAUUUAUCAUAUUCGCUAUGUGAUGAAACACAAACUUUCCGAAGAAGCCUUCGGCAUUGAUGCACCAAAAAAUCACAGCAAUGACAUGUUCGUCAAGAAGACCAAGACAAAAACUGAGUUUAUCAGUUUCAAUCGACUCGCUAUCGUUUGCUAUUUGAAUGAUGAUAUAUUGAAGAGUUUCAAAGUAAGCUGAACUCACUGCUGAUGUUUCUGAUUUUCCCAUUUGAUUGUUAAUUAACCCAAACUUGAUGUUUUCAUAAAACUUCAAAUAAAAUAUUUGAAGCUGAUCGUCUGGUAAGACAGACUUGUUGAAUUUUGAAAGAAAUGGUAAAAGAUUUGGAAAAAUCACACAAGGACACAUCGACGAGUGAAGAAUUUUCCACAAUUUCGGAAAAACUGCUUUGUUAAAGUUCACAUAUUUAUACCAAUUCUCAACCUUCACUUGCACUAGAACGACACACGUCCAUAUGUGUGACAAUAAAGCUGCAUCGGUUUCAUCAAUUGAUUUGAACACAAUCGCAGUCAUUUGUUCUUCAAAGUUCACUAACAAAUAUGAUGCGUGUUGAAGUAAAGAUGAAAGAGCUUCAAAGAAAGCGGACUUGAUUUGAGGAACUUUACUCUUAUGAUAACUCCAAAAUCGGUCAUUCUCGAUAAGAAGAAAAUUCUUGUUCAUUGACGAUUCUAAUUUAUCCGAUGACAUCUUUUCCAAGUACAAAGCAUAUCCUCGUAAGCUUGAAAUUACAAUUCGUUGAUAUUUCGCUUCACAUUCUUCGGGUGAAUAAAUUUUAGGAUUGCAUGCUGUUUGAGCAGUGAGCACCGUGAGGUUUUUUGUGAUAUAAUCCAAGGUUUCCGUCUCGCAAAAAACGAAAACAUCGCUGAUCUUCUUUGCUGGAAAAGCCUUCUCGAAGCAAUUCGUUGCAAUA